AUGGACUUUGAACACGAGUUUUCGGAGUUUCCUCAUCGAUCAGAAAGCGCGCGCGGAACAUUGGAAGAGAAUGCGCGAAGGUCGGCCAAAGUCGCCGCCUGGUCACGCGGCAUUCACGUGGCAGAUCCAGAAGGGACCAUGAAGCGCAUGUUUCAAAAGUUCAUCGGAGACAAGCUCCAACAGCAACUGGAGAUUCAGAGCACACGUGCUGCGGAGGACCCUGCGACAGAAAAGGCUCCAGCCACGCAGCCAGCCGCCAGCAGCUCGAGUUCAUCGAGCUCCAGUUCCAAGAAGAAAACGAAGAAAACCAAGAAGGUGAAAACAAAGAAGAAAGAGAAAAAGAAGAAAUCGACUGGCAAAAAGAAGAAAUCUGAGAUGAUGGUGCGUUUGAAGAGGGAACGACAAGAGGCAGACCGUGAGGUGCCAUUGGAUCCCAAAUUUGCAAAGAUCAUCAACCGUGCCGUGGUGUGGUUUCCGCCAAAAUGUGAAUCCCUUGAUCCCCAAGACAUGACGACCGCAACAAGUUCGUCACAACGAUGUCCUCAACGCCGACGGAGGCUGCUGGAAAUCACGGCCGGCGCGCUGCGCCCCCUGAGAAUGACUGGAGAUGGAGCACGGCACCAGUGGAGGUGGAGUGACAGGUUGAUCCCGGGAGCAGCGACCAGAAAAGUGGAAGGGGCGGGUCGAACAUUUCUGAGGUGUUGA